AUGCCGCUCAACGUUCCAGUCCCCGGAACCGUGCAGCUGGUUGACGCCGAAGGCAUCCUCAACGUCAAGCACGGAAAAGACCACCAUGAUAUUGUCCUUGUCCCCCAGCCAAGCGACCACCCGGAUGAUCCUCUGCGAUGGACCCAGCCGCGAAAGAUGCAAAACGUCUUUUGCGCCAUGUCCUGGUGUUUCUUUGCCGCGGCCAUGAUCUCCGGCCUGUCUCCAGCCUAUGUGCUGAUCGAGGCUGAUACUGGCAUCUCGGUGGCAGACCUCAGCACCGGCAACGGCCUCAUGUAUCUUUUCCUCGGCUGGGGCACUCUGCUUACCCAAUGCUUGGCAUUGAACUAUGGACGACGCCCGGUCUUGGUUGUGUCCAUUGUGCUAACCACGCUUGUUACUCUCUGGUCGGCCUAUGUCAAGACGAAGGGCGAGUUCUACGCCAACAGAAUCAUCGUGGGCGUUGUUUCCUCCCCCAUGGAGACGUUGAUCGAGGUCAUCAUCGGCGACGUCUUCUACACCCACGACCGAGGCUUCUACAUGGGCUUGUACUGCUGGACGCUCUGGGGCGCUGCUUUCCUCGCUCCGGUGGCGUCGGGAUUCGUUGCUGAGGCCCUGGGGUGGCGUUGGAUCCAGUACAUCAUGGCCAUCAUUGGAGGCGGCACCGCAAUCGUCACCUUCUUCUUCUUCGAGGAGACCAUGUACUAUCGACCCACCGCGCAGCCCGAAAUCAUCGGCAUCGCGGAGGCAAACCCCGCCGGCGACCUGAGCGCGAUGGAGAAGAAGAUUCAAAUGGAUUUUCCCGAUGAGACCAAGUCCACGUCAUCUUCCCCCGACCAAGCCUCAGUGACGAGAUCGAUCGAGAACAACUCUGUGGAUCUAUCCUCGGAAAAGACAAAGACGCGCAGCGAGAAGAUGAAGAUGUGGGGCCUUCGCGAUCCGCGCCAGCCGAAUACCUUCAAGCUCUUCUUCCUUCCCUUCCAACUGUACAGGUAUCCUGGCAUGGUCUUUGCCGGAAUCCUCGUGGGCGGAAUCCUGUCCUGGUACAAUGUCGUUGGCGGUUCUCUGGCGCUGAUUCUCAGCAACGCGCCUUACAACUUCAGCGCCAACACGAUUGGUCUCGCAUACCUCGCCUGCUUCAUUGGCGUCAGUAUUGGCUGUUUCCUUUCGGGGUGGUUGUCUGAUAUUGUGACUCUUAAGCUUGCUCGCCGCAAUGGAGGUAUCAUGGAGCCCGAGCACCGCCUUUACGUGUGCGUAGUUGCCAUUGUUGCUCAUCCUGCCGGUUGUCUCCUCUACGGCGUAGGAGCUUCAUACAGCAUCCACUGGGUUGGAAUUGUGUUUGGCCUGGGUCUUAUUUCUGUCACACUGCCGAUUGGUUCGAGUCUCGCACUCACAUACAUUCUCGACAGCUACAAGGAGAUGGCUGGAGAAGGGUUGGUUUCGGCCAUUUUGAUUCGCAACCUGAUGGGCUUUGCUUUCAGCUACGCUGUCGUUCCCAUCAUCACCAAUCUCGGUCUUCGAAAUGCCUUUAUUCUGAUUGCCAUCUUGGGGACGGUGUUUUGGUGCUUCUGCAUCUUCAUGAUCAUCUUUGGCAAAUCUCUUCGGCGAUCGUCGGCAGCUUCGUACUGGAGGCUGGUUGAAAGUUACGGAGCGACUGCCCAUUGA